AUGAAGAAGAGAAAACGUUCUAGCAAAAACAAAGCUCUAACUCAAGAAGAAAUAUGGGACGACUCGGCACUCCUUGAGUCCUGGGAAGAGGCUGCAGAGGAAUACAGGCUUUAUCACAGCAUUCAGGCCAGAGGGCAGAAAGUCGAGGAUGUUCUCCGAGAAGCAGAAGCUGAAGCGGCCAACGCGAAUGAAGAUGAGAUGCAGCUAGAGACCAACACCGAGACGGAGAAGCCCCAAGAAGAGCCCACCGUGAAUAUCUCCCAGACUGUCACUAUGGAUGAGUCUGAUGGGAAAUUAAAACAGACAGAUGCCUGCACAACGAGCCAAGUUGAGGAUGAAACUGCACCGGAAUUAGCCACAGAGACAGGUCAGACCUACUCUGCUGCACCAGAAAGUGCAAAUUCAGCAAAUAUGCCGCAACAGGUUCUUAACGGCGCACCCAGCUUGCCAAACAUUCAAGACGAAGGGCUGAAGAACCUCAUGAUGUCGUGGUACUUUGCAGGUUACUACACGGGACUAUACGAAGGCCAACGACAGGCCGCGGCAAAGAAGUGA